UUGUUGAGCGAACGCAACCAAUUAUUGUUUUUAGAGCAGGGGUUAAUAUUAAGCUAUUUCGUUACACUUCUGGUUUAUUUUGUAACAUUGCGGAGUCGGUAUUUGAUCCGCCGAGUCUAAGCCGGGUUUGCUGUCAAAUAAUUCAGGCGUCAUCACACUACUGACUUCAUAGCGGGGCUUUGCGAUAGUUUGACGCUUUACUUCAGAAAGGAGCUCAGAGCUGUUGGCUGAGGAACCUGUUUGAACCUGCCAGAAACCACAGCGUGCAGCAGAGGCAGACCGGCGCCCUGCAAUGGCUUUGUUGACCCUGCACAGGAUCCCGUCCAUAGCCACAGCUCCAGAUGACAGCCACCAAAGAAGAGGGAGACUUCAGAAAAGGGAGAGCUUUGCCCUUGUGAAAGGGGCGGUGCUUCACCUGGAAGAUGGAGAGAGAACGGAUGAACCGAAGGAAACUUCACAACUUGCAUCUCCUUCUUCAAAGCAAGGCAACACAGCAUCAGUCACUAAAAACAAACACCUCCACGCCAUGCUGGAGCAGCUCAGACCUGAAGAUACCAUCAAGCUGGCAGUGGAGUUGGAGUCGGUCAGUCCCAUCAGAGUCAGGUAUCUGAUCAUCGUCUCCACGCAGGACAACAAACAGGAGAACAUCCUUCUGGGAGUGGACUUCCCCAGCUCAGACAGCAAUCAAUGCACUAUUGGCCUGGUUCUGCCGAUAUGGAGUGACACACAGGUGUAUCUGGAUGGAGACGGUGGUUUUAGUGUUACCUCAGCGGAGGAGACACGAAUCUUUAAGCCGGUGUCCAUGCAGACUAUGUGGUCAGUGUUGCAGGUUCUGCACGGCUGCUGCGAGCGGGCCGUCAAGGCUUCGCUGAUCCCCGGCACCGGGCUGGAGUGGGCCCAGCACUACUUUCAACACAUCGAGUCGGAUCGCGUUUGUCUCAACGAGUGGGAAGCCAUGAAUGACCUGGAGUCAGUCCGCCGAGACAGUGACGGACAGAGUUCAGCCGACAGAAUUUCCAAUGAAAUGCUGAUCAAAGAGCACCUGAGAGACAUCAUGAGGACAGAAGACCUGGACAACCUCACCUCUAAAAUGGUUCACACUACUCUGGAAACAAGGAUAGGCUUUGAUAUGAGACCAUAUAAGCAGUACAUAGACAACGAGAUCGUAGUUACCAUGGCGCAGAUGGACAAACCAUCCAAAAUAUUUGACUAUUUAUACUUGGGCUCGGAGUGGAACGCAGCUAAUUUUGAGGAGCUGCAGAAAAACAAUGUCGGCUACAUACUGAAUGUGACGAGGGAAAUUGACAACUUUUUCCCAGAAUCCUUUACCUACAUGAACAUCAGAGUCUACGACGUGGAAGCUACCAACCUGCUCCCACACUGGCCAGACACGUACAACUUUAUUAACACUGCAAGGAAAAUGGGACAGGCUGUUUUGGUGCACUGCAAGAUGGGAGUGUCCCGAUCUGCAUCCACGGUGAUCGCUUAUGCCAUGAAGCAACAGCGCUGGUCACUGGAAACGGCGCUGGCCUACGUGAGAGAAUGUCGAUCCAUUGUGAAUCCCAACGAAGGCUUUAUGAGGCAGCUUCAGACCUACAAUGGCAUCCUCACAGCAAGUCAAAUGCGUCACUCUGAACUCUUUAGACGAAAGUCUAAAGACCUAAGACAGAAGUCAGUGAGAAGUGAAAAAGACGGAAAAGAAAAGCCAGAUGGUGAAAAAGGGGAAGAGGUGGAGGACAGCGACGAAAGCACUGAAAGAGAUUAUGACAGUCAAGACAGUCCAGAGAACUCAGAGGAUGACUUGGAGGUGUUUGACACGCCCGACGCCGAGUCUGACAGUGUGCAGCCAAAGGAACCAGCGGAGCCUGCAGCCGAUCCUGUCGUCACUUUAAAUGAACCAGAGAAGGUUUCUUCAAGCAUAAACCGCAGUGGAAGGAUGAACCUUUUCUCUCUCAUGCAGUCCAUUUGUGAAUUAGAUGAUGAGAGUAAAGGACACGAACAGCAGCCUGGUAGUCCGAGGAGAUCUCCAAGACAGCGAAUACGUAGCCAAGGGCGACGGAGUCUCACUCACCAAAAAGCAUGUCUGGACGUUUCACCAGAACCAGGACAAAGCCGGCCCUAAAGCAAUCAGAGUAGAAAUGGACAAACGGGGGGGAGGAACCAUAAAAAGCAACCCAGGAGAGUAAAGUCCUGAAGAGCAGGAUUCAUGCCAAGGCUUUAAUAAACCAUAUCAAAGUUGUAUUUUACAUGCUGUACCUUAUUUUGUGAAUGUUUCUGUUUAUUGUAACUGAUGGGUAAUUUUCUAUGGGAUCUUUCAGUAUUACUGUACAUGUGAAAGAGUAGCUUGAAGAAGCUGCCAUCUUUCUUUGAAUUGUUUUUUUCUUUUUCUUUUAUUUUCCGUUUCUGUCCCAUCAAAUCAUCAAAAAGACCUAUGCAGUAUCUGUUCUUACACACAUCCCAUUUCUCUACAUUCUUUUGACCCUCAGAUGAUUAUUUGCUGUGUCUAAGCUGUGCAUUUUGGAGAAUUUAUCAGGGCCAGUUUUAUGGUGCAUGCCAGUUUGCCAAAUAAUGUAUUCGUAUGUGCCAGUGACUGUUGUCACCCAUUUUAUUAUUUUUACUAAACACCAGUGCCUUCAACUUGAGAAUGAAAAAGCUAUGACUUGUAUUUUAAUGUUUUUACUGGGACUUUGGGGGGAUAAAGAAUGAUUUCUUGCUUCAUAAACAUCCAAAAACUGCAUUUUUCAAAAAAAUUAUACAUGUACUUGCAUCAAUAUAUAAUUGCUGGAUGA